AUGGGUUAUAAAGCAAUUAUCCAGCGUAUGAGAGUAUUUUCUUCAAGGAUAUCUUGCUUUGUAUUCAUAGCCAGUGCUGUUACGAUUUUUUACAUCUUUAUCAUAAACCCAACUUCAGCAAAAAACUCGCAAUGAGAGCAAAACUUUCAAAGCUUAGCCACCAAUUUCAAUCAAUUAUCAACAAAAGCUAAAUCUCUUCAAGGUGAUUUAGCGUGUCAAAAUAAAUUUCCCGAAUAUACAAAACUUAAUGCCUUCUACCUCAAUUACUACGAGAGAUCUCUUACUUUUAAAUCCACUUCCCUUCUUCCAGCUUCGUCUCUUUUUAAUUUCCGCAGAUUAAAAAAUGCAGAAAUUUUACAAAUCCAAUCCCAAUCAUCCCUGUAUAAUAUUUUACAAAUCGAAGUGCCAAAGACUGAUGAAAAAGAAAUAAAAACAAAAAAUCUGCCGAAAAAUGCCAGCUUGUUCGCAGACGUUUCAUGGGAGACUGGACUAAUGGGAAUUUUGAUAAGUUUUGCUGUGAUUUUUGGAUUUUUCAUUGGAAAAAAGCUAAAGAAAUGUGAAAAGUCCAAAGAAAUUCAAGAAAUUGAUAUAAGCUUUGUACUUGAUAUAGAUGAAGAUAACUCAGUAUUAGAAGAAAAUGAAACUAAUACAGACCCAGCUACUCCUAGUUUCCUAGAUUUCAUGGCAUCUUCGCCUAUAAAAAGCAACUGCAACCGAUUUUUAUUCGAAAGUGACUCCAAAAGCACAAUUGACUCAGAAAGCCUCAUCACUGAAAUCCAGCUUUCAAUGCCUGAAUGGACUAAUUCUAACAAAUCCACCAAUUUAGUUCUUCACUAUUCUGGGUCAUUUUCUGAAUCCAGCCUCAACAAAGACCUAGAACAAGAAAUGCAAAAAUACUCAAAAAUCCUUGAGGAUGGGAAAUUCGCAAACUCCUUUGAAAUGGUCGGCCAGCUUGGCAAAAGCAAAGUUGGGCAGAUUUAUCAAGCAAGGCAUAGGCUGGAUGGACACCUUUAUGCAGUAAAAGUGGUUGAGCUUCACAUUGGGAUAAAAGAAAACAUUAAAGAGCACAAGCUUUUUAAAGAAGUUUUACAUAUGUCAAAGCUCCAUUCAAGAUAUCUAAAGCGGUAUUAUAGUUCUUGGAUUGAAGCCUCCGCACCAGACAAUUUUACGUCUCCUUCCUUUGAUUUUUCAGAAGAAAAUUCUGCAUAUCUGACCUUUUACUUAUAUAUGCAAACUGAGUUUAUGUCAGGAGUUUCACUUGACAAGUGGAUUGAGAAUGAAGGGAAAUGUGAUAGGGUCAGCACUUAUAAGAUUUUCAGACAAAUUGUAAAGGGAGUCCAUAGCAUACAUAGCCAAAAACUAGCUCACGGAGAUUUAAAGUCAUCAAAUAUAUUCUUAAACGAUGAUUUAAGCGUGAAAAUUGGUGACUUUAAGCUACAUAAUUUCAGUGAUGAGGGGAAAUCAGGCCUACUUAUAAAGGAAAACCGACAAAAAGACGUAUAUCAGCUUGGCAAAAUUUUAUUAGAACUUUUAUUUCCAAAAAUGACUAGAAGUGAAAGAUCCAAAAUUUUAAAAAACCAAGCAAGUUUUCCUAUUGAAAUCAGAGAGAAACCUGAAUGUGAGUUAGUUUCGUGGCUUUGCGCUACCAAGAAUAGGCCAAAAACCAAAGACAUUAUUAAUAGUGAAAAAGUAAAAAAAUGGGAAAUAGAAUUAAAUAUUUCUCCUUCAGUUUUUAACUGGAGUUCACCUCGAGUUGUAACAGCAAAAUGAAAUUAA